AUGCUCAGAAAACCCAGACUAGGAAAAGAAGACAGUCCUCCAAGUCGUAAAGACAGCGAGGCCCAACGCCGGAUGGUUGGUUUGCCUGAACGAAUUCCACAACCCGUGGAGCGCCAAACGGUCACGACCGCUCCAAAGGAAGUAGCUUUUAUUGAAGACUUACUGGAGGACGAUACCUGGGUAAACUGUAACCAACCAGACGACGACCUGGUUGGAAACAACAGCAAAGAAUUGAGAGGUAUGGUCCUAGCAGAAGAGACUUAG